CACUAGGUGUCAGGACGCAGCUGUUUGCUUAUUAAAAAUGUUCUGAUUCGCCUUGAGCUUGUAUAAAUUGUAAUAGUAAGAAGCGAUUGACAUUCUUUAAGUGAUUGUUUCGGCUAUAUAUAUACACGAAUAGUGUUCGUCUCAUUUAGCUAACAGUUAAUGAAAACUAACUGAUAUAGCAGCUGCCGCGUAUCCAGUCAGUGAUAGAUUGUAAUUUAUAACUGUGCAAGUUGUAUAUGUAUAUAUUUUCUGAUGGCGCCGACACCGCCCGUAAAGGUAAUAAUGAAAAACGAAUGUGAUACAAAUCGCAGCACCGGAGCAGUACCCAAACAAGUAACAACCCCAGCUGGACCAACAUUGCCGGCUAAUCCAAACAGAACGCCCUCAACAACUAGAGCGAGCAGCAGUCGUGCUCGCAAUUCUUCCCUAAUUAAACAACAGCAGGAACAACAGCAGAGGGAGCAGGAAGAGGAGAUUGCGGCGCGACUGCAGCGCGGUACAUGCAAAACUCUAUGCGAUCUGCUGGAGCGUGCAACAACUGCGAAAACGCAAUACAGCAGCCAGCAGCAAGAGCAACGCGAGGCGCUGCGUCAAUUGGCCGCGGAACAUAGUUACGAUCCAACAGAUCAGCUACAGGAACAGCAUCAGCGCUAUUGCUUUCCUGUGCGCCCAGUGCAACGAGUGCAGCAUCAGCAGCAGCCACAACCACAGUCCCAGCCACAACCCGUAGCGGCAGCUGCGUUGCGUUUACGUCAGCCCACGACACCCAAUGCCACAGUAGGUGUUGUCACACCCAACACGACCAACGGCAACGAGGAACAACAGUCCAUAACCAGCAGCACAGGUACCACAAAUAUCAAUUGUCAGGCGCCAACAGCUCUGCAUGCUGUAGUUCAUCGACUUUUUGGGGUAUCAGCGCAGAGUUCAACUCGCUCGCAAAUUGAAGUAUUGCGCACAUUGCUUGGCUUGGAUGAGAAUUGGAAUAGCAGCAACGGACAACAACAGACAGCAGGCACUGUUAUUGAGCAUUUAAGCAAUAUGGUACAUGAAAUCAAUCCCAGCGGCAGUGAAAAAGAUGAGGGCAUAGUCAAUUCGACUAGCCUGGAGGAUGUUGCAUUAAGUGAGAUGAGCGACAAUCGCGCCCAGUCCAUUCAAUCGCUGCACAGCGCCAUGGAGACACCAACGCCGGAUACAACGCCCAGUUUUGAUGAACUCCAACAGCGACUAGAUGCAUCCAAUCGGAAUAUGCAACACUUGCAGGAUGAACAACAAAAGUUGCUGCAAAUACAAAACAUGGCCAAAACACAUCUAAACGAAAUGGAACAGCUGCGUCAACACACAGGGCAUCUGGCACAUAACGGAAACGGUGAUGCCCCAAACUAUGAAUCUGUACAACAAGUUCAGGAUGAUAUGGCCUCGCUUGUAGGACGUAUGAAGAAUCUUACGGCUUUUAUACAUAAUCAAAACGAACUAAGCAGCGUGUUGGGAGAUGAUGGUCCAGAGAUUUUGGCCGAGCAGCAGGCGCUGCAGGAGAAACUUGAAUCAUUACGUACGCAGCGAGAGGAUAUGCGCGAAUUGGUAAACGAGCUAACCAGCAUUAAUCGGAAGGCCAAAGAGCAGGUGCAAUCCGUUCGUGCUGCCAGCCAUGACGCAAACACCCCAAGGGAGCAAACACCACCAAAACAGCAGGCCAAACCCACCAAUGAGCGCAUUGUACCAGUCGAAUAUCAACGCAAUGUUCCUAUUUUGCGACAGGAAGCAGUCAAUGCCGCACAGCGUGCUCAACACGCUCAGAAUAUGAUUGAGCAGAAGACAGCGGACAUUGAUGCACUGAAAGCUCAAAUGAACAGGUUAAAGAGCAUGUUGAAUACAGUUAACCAGAUAGAGGCUGGCACAUCCGACAUUGGUGAAACAUUAGACCGACGCAGCGUUGAGCGACACGAGGAACGGCCACGGGACAUUUCACAGCGUGUGCAUGCAUUAGACGGCGUCAGCUCUGAGUUACGCGCUGAAGCAGCCACUUUACAGCAGGAACGUGAUCGAAUUUCUGCAUUGAAGGCUGAGAUUGAACGCCGCCAGAGGCAGGCUGCAGCAGCGGUUCAGAUGGGUGAUGAUGCACUGCAGCGUAACAGUCUAACUCCAACGCCCGGUAGACAGCGUCCACUGGACGAUGAGCAGGAGGAAGAAACCAACCGACAAAUUCAAUUGCAAGCGCGCAAUGAGUUGCGAGCAGAGUGCGAGAAAUUGCGACAGGAAUACGAGCAAAAACAGCGCGAGUAUGAAGCCCAUUAUAUAAACAACAAUGGCAGCAGCAACAACAAUUGCAACAACAAUAACAACACCAAUACCACAUCUGAGGCUGAUGACGAAGGAAAUGAUGACACCGACAGCGAUAGAUAUUUUGGACAUAUGCGUACUUCAUCCUCGGCCACAUUGAAACGAACUCCCUCGACUGCUACCGUUGUGGAGAAGCAUCAACAGCAACAGCAGCAGCAACAGCAACAGCAGCAGCAACAACAGCAACAGCAACAGCAGCCCAUGUCAAACAAUGAAGACGAUCUGAAUUUGACGAUUGAUAGCCUUUCGCUGGGCAAUGAUAGUAUACCGUCAAGCAGCACUAGAUCCCAGUAUAUGCCACCGCCUAUGGCACCUGUUCAGGGCAUGUGGAAUACGCAUAAUACGAGCAGCACAUGGCAUUCGCAGCCUGGCUACCUGCCAGCAACUCCAACAGGAGGUCCAGCUGCUCCGGGGGUCGCUGCCUCUUCGCAGGCUUCGAGUGUCAAUCAAACACCAGACGCUGUGCUGUUGCAGCAGUUUAUGCAAACUCAGCAGAUGCUAAUAAAUUCGGUUUGUCAGUGCAACCAGACAUUGUGGCAUCAACAGCGCGAAAUUGAUAAUCUCAACAAUCAGAUACAUUCGUUACAGGAACGUUUGAACGCAUCGUGCCAAGAGCAAGCCUAUAGCUUGCGCUCGGAGUCGGUACCGCCAAUCGCUGGGGGUUUGGCACCCAACAAUCUGUGCCUGGGCGCCAGCGCCCGCGCCCAGUCGGAACAACUUUACAAUUUCGGCUCCUCGCAUCAGAGCGCCUUUAGUAACUAUCAGCGCAGCAUUCAUCGCAACAAUAUCUACAGUAGCAACGAUCCGCACCAGUCGCAGACGUAUUUGAACAAUGCCGCGCCACCACCACCACCGCCGCCACCACCAACACACUACAACAACGAGACGCCACUCUCGCCCCCCUCGUAUCGUGCCAGUCCGGGACCCAUAUUCAUGAAUCAUCAUAACAAUACCAUACACCAAAAUAAUGCGAAUUUGCGCACACAGAAUCAGCACGCGAACAAUUUGCAUUCGUUGCCAGAGGAUGCGGUUCCACCGCCCACUUUGAACAAUCAGGUGCCACCGGGCAAUCGCGCAAACAACUAUUGGGAUAACUUCCGAAGCUAUACACGUCAGAAUCUGCUAUCUAACAAAAGCAACGAGGAACUCAAUGUGGAGCAUCAAUAUCGACAAAUACAGCGUCAGCGCCAACGCCCAAGCUAUUUUCAGACGCAUUUGCCACACACUGCGCGCAGCUCUACAAGCAGCAUAUUACUUCAGCAACAGCAGCAGCAGCAACAACAGCAGCAGGCUCAGACGCAUCGUCACUUUUAUGAAGCAACACCCCAACAGCAGCAGCAGCAACAGCAACAUUUGCACAACGGCAGCAAUAGCAACAAUUUGAACAACAGCAGCAGCAGCAAUCGCGAUUGGCGCAAUAAUGCUCAUGGAGAGGAGGAGGAUGUGGAGGAUGAUGAAAAUAAUGAUUCCUCGAUGUUUGGCGGCAGUGGUGGCAGACGUCGCAAUCGUCGGCGUCAAAUGCCUACGCUGCGUAACGAAGAGACUUCGCUGCAGGAGCUAGCUGCUGGCUCAUCAAAUUUCUUCAACAUGAAUGUGAAUAGUCCUCUGUAUCAGCGCAACAAGGUGCCAGCCAAGCCGACUACGUCCGCAGUGUCUCUCACACCUCUGCAGCAGCGUCAUUUGCGCUUCGAUUUCGAGCUGCCUGCUCAAUAUAUGGAUUAUGAGCUACCAGAGCCACCAGCAAUGCAAGCUCCGCCAGCUGCUCCUGUUUACAAUGUUACAGCACAGGAAUCUGUUGCGCCAGAUGAAUCGAAUGCGAUGCUAGAGCAAACGGAUGAGACUGCUUCAGAGGAAUUGAAUCGUAAUUUGUUAGUAAAUGCAUUGAAAAAUGAUAAAUUUACCACAAAGUUCUACGAGUCGAUCAAGGAGGAUGUGUAUAGACGACUAGAAACUCUCUUUGAGCAGCAGCAACAACAGCAGCAACAGUUGCAACAGCAGCUAGGCGAACAACAACUUUAUAACGAAGUGCAUAGUUUGCGCAAGACGCUUAACCAAGGACAGGUGCCCAGUGUCCAGCCAGCGGAGAAUUCUGCUGUAAAAGAGCCUACAGAGGCCACGGAGAGUGGCACUGAAUCGCCGCAGGCUCAAACCGCCAACGAUCGGCCAGAGGAAGAUGACAAUAGUCUGCCAGUGCAGGUAAUGCCAGUGGCAACCGCAGCAGCAGAAGCAGCAGCAGUGGUGGAUUACUCAGAGGCAGCUGGCGUUGGUCCUGCACCUUUGGAUAACGAUGAUCAAAUCAUUGAGGUAGUCAUUGAACGGGCCACUACACCUCCAUCGGCCAGCCUUGAAUUGUCGCCUGAUCACGAGCUUAUUGAGUACAUAAUCAAACGCAUACGCAACCAAACGCACAACAACACCAUUAUUAAUGAUUCGCUGCUUGCUGAAGUCUCCAAGCUGACGGCAAACGCGGCACAAAACUCUGCCGCCAGCUGGACUCCAAAUGCCGUCUCGCCGCUCAUUUCGCCCAAACGCUUUUAUGCAAAGAUUAAGAAGAUGGAAAUGCCAAGGCAACGCGAUGAGUUUUUGCUUUGGUAUCGUACAUAUCUAGAGCAGCUUUUUGUCGUAGAACAGCCCGGUACGGGCUGCAUGCCCAAUACGAAAAGUAAGGAGCAGAAAGCUUCCAAAAAGCAGGUCAAUAAACGCGUCCGUGCCCAGUCGAAUUCGCAGGACUCCAACAAUGAUGCCGAUCUAGCCGAGGCAGAUCAGAAAAAGGUGACGCUAAAUGGAGGAGAUACAGAGUGUGAGAAUAACGAAAAUCCGGAGGAGGAAGCCAGUGCAGCGGCAGCUCAAGAAAUUAAGAAUAUCAGCUUAGAUUAAAAUCAAUUAAAUUAGUUAGCAAUUAGAUCACUAGGGGACCCACCCACACAACAUUCCCAACCUAUCCAUAUACACGCAUAUAUGCAAUUAUAUACUCAUAUAUACAUACGUACAUAUACCAUAUGACAUCACCUAUAUACACAAACAAAAUUAGUUACUAGCCGCAAAAAGCGGUCAAAUUUCGACUAUGAUUUUAUUUUGUAUUAAAUUAUAUAUGUACACCUAAAA